CAUCCGCACGCGAUGGCGUCUCUGACUGCGAAGAAGAGAACCACCAGUGGCCCGUCAUCGACUUGCCUUUUUAUCUUGGUGGCAUGUGUUCUGCUGCCACUUGUGACACAUGCCUCGCCGGUAGAGAACUAUACAAGUACCACCGACCCAGACUCGACGUCACCAACAGCGCCCACCACGACAGCGGACGAUGAACCCAACUACGAACAGGUGCUACGAGAUACUGUGGCCCGCUUGUUCGCCAGCAUGCCAUCGUCUCUCAGGAGGAAGCUCCUCGAGGCCGACGUGAGGCCCGAAUGCAGCGUCGGUCUAUUCCGGCUGAUGCGAGGAUUCCAGAACCUCGAGCCGUGGGCACUGAAAUUGUUCGACGCAUCUGGAAAGUAUCCAUCGGGGCUGCUGCAGGCCACCAAGGCUGAUCUGGGCGCAUUCGACGAGUGUCUAGAAACCGUAGUGCACGACAGCUACGGUAUACAAGUGACUCACGGCCAAUACUGCAGCGUGCUAUUCCAUCUCAAACAGAACCGCGCCCUCAAACAGCGUCUCGCGUCGCUUGACGUGCUGCACCCACUGAUUAAGCAAUACACGGAUUACUUUUUUAUUGACGAAGUCCCCGUGACACGCCUUGGCGUCUGCAUCACCGACGACUGCAACAAACAAGACCUGCAGGCCAUCAUCGAUGCAGGACAAAUGCUGUACAGAGAAUAUGAACCGUUUGAGAGCAGGGCAGAGCGAUGGAUGAUGCGGGCAGAAGGGCCGGAAUCUUCUUGA